CAGAAGGAUCAAUACCGUUGUUGAAACUUCUCUUGUUAUUGUUCUAUGUAAUUAACAUACAGUGUCAGUGCUUCAGAAAGUGAUAACCUAAGAACUACAAGAAGAGUAUAAAUAUUUGAAAAGAGUCUUUCAGACAUCAGUGAUACUUGAAUUGAAGUUCUUUAGUUUGCAGCCUUUUCUAUCACUGCAGAUACAGGCUACACACUCUAAUCCUGAGUAAGGAGCUGGAUUUGCAAGAUGCUUUUCACUGUCAUUGAUUUCAGCAGGUUUUGAGGGCAUUCAGCAUCUGUUCAGGAUGUUAUUAGGGACCUGUGAACCGUAAGACGCUCUUCUCAGCGGGUGGAUGGGCUGCUGAGGAGGUCUGUGCUAUUGGGGCUCAACUGCUGCUGGAACUCCUGCAAUCUGACGAGGGAAGUGUUGCACCAAACGAUUGCUGGAGAGCCAGGGAUACGGAAUUUAACAAUUUUUUUCAUUUUGGGCAAUUCACACUAUUGUUGCACUAAAAAAUAUCAUGUAAUGGCUAUGAACUCCUGAGGAAAACAAAGUGUGCCUUGGAAAAAGCAGGCUGUAACCAGCACGUGGGAAGACUUCACUUCUAAAGCAUCCUGGGUUUUGGCUGAUGUUGAAAUCCUGGAAUAAUAGAAGUCACCUAGCUGGGUAGUAAGAAAGCAAGCUGCCUGCAUCCCUGGUUGUAAAAGGCAGCAGUCAGCUGAGGGUCCCGGUACGAUGGAGAGGUCAGGCAACUGCAGCCGCGGUGACAGAAAGCACAAAACCUCAAAUUCAGCCAGAAGCACGGAAACCUAAAACAGGAAUCUUGAUGUUAAACAUGGGAGGUCCAGAACGGCUGGAUGAUGUGCAUGAUUUCUUACUUCGUCUCUUCCUGGACAGAGAUCUAAUGACACUUCCAGCUCAAAAUAAAUUAGCACCAUUCAUUGCCAAACGCCGCACACCGAAAAUCCAGGAGCAGUACAGCAGGAUUGGAGGUGGGUCACCAAUCAAGAAGUGGACGGCGGUGCAGGGAGAAGGCAUGGUGAAACUGCUGGACAGCAUGUCUCCUCGCACGGCACCUCACAAAUACUACAUUGGCUUCCGGUACGUCCAUCCUCUGACAGAAGAAGCAAUUGAAGAGAUGGAGAAAGAUGGCAUUGAAAGGGCUAUCGCUUUCACGCAGUACCCGCAGUACAGUUGUUCUACCACAGGAAGCAGUUUAAAUGCCAUUUAUCGCUACUAUAAUAAAAAAGGGGAGAAGCCGAAGAUGAAGUGGAGUAUAAUUGACCGAUGGCCCACACAUCCCCUUCUUAUUCAGUGCUUCUCUGAUCACAUACAGAAAGAACUGAACCUCUUUCCACCCGACAAAAGGAAAGAUGUCGUCAUCCUCUUCUCGGCUCACUCGCUGCCCAUGUCUGUAGUGAACCGUGGUGAUCCGUAUCCUCAAGAAGUGGGAGCUACUGUCCAGAGAGUCAUGGAGAAGCUGAACUACUCCAACCCUUACAGGCUUGUGUGGCAGUCCAAGGUUGGACCAAUGCCAUGGCUCGGUCCACAGACAGAUGAGACCAUUAAAGGGCUCUGCCAAAGAGGAAAGAAGAACAUGUUGUUGGUCCCAAUAGCAUUUACAAGUGACCACAUUGAAACACUUUAUGAACUGGAUAUUGAGUAUGCCCAAGUUUUAGCGAACGAGUGUGGAGUUGAAAAUAUCAGAAGAGCAGAGUCUCUUAAUGGAAAUCCACUGUUCUCCAAGGCUCUGGCAGACUUGGUCUGUUCGCAUAUCCAGUCGAAUGAAAUCUGCUCUAGGCAGUUAACCCUCUGCUGUCCGCUCUGUGUAAAUCCUGUCUGCAGGGAGACAAAAGCCUUCUUCACAGAUCAACAGCUGUGAUGGGUGGUCGAGGAGAGCACCGCUGGGUUAUACAGGAAAAUUGCCCCAGUGAAGCGGUGCAAAGGAAAGAAACCGCUUGACCGAACUCUCCACUGUUACAUACUUACAGGCUGGUAGUCUGUGACAUUAAUCUCGUGUAACAGUGAGGAGAGUUUUUUGCUUUAUUUUUUCUUAUGUUUUCUUUGUUUGAGAAGAGUUUGUAGAAAGUAGGGAAAUAAGGGCGUUUAUCCUGUGAGAUGUGAAAAGAUCUCAUUUCAUCUGAUUAUGAUUGGACUUAGCAUAAGCCCAUAAGUAUGCACUGAAAAACUUAAAAAACUUUUCUGCAAAUUAGCUUCUAUUUCCUAUGCAGGGAUUUAUUUGUAUGCAGUUUUGUUAUGAGUGCAUUAAUUUCAGCUUUCCAGGUCAAGCAUACAAUUAUUUGUUUUGUUUAUAGUUAAGGUACAGUAUAACCAGCAUAGUCACUGAAUGUCUCUUCUGAGAGUCAUUUUUCAGAUGAGUUUGAAGAUCAAGUGACUUCUAAUGCUUUUUAAGUAAUGUGUGUAAUUUUUUUAGAACAUAAAGAUAAGGCUUUGUUUUAGUUUGGUUUUUUUCCUCCUGCUAGAAGCUUCCGGUGAAAGCUUAGCCGGGAUAGUAGAACGCACAAGAUUUGUUUACAUUUUUUAGAAAAAACACUCUCGUUAUCUGCAGGAAAGCCUCUGCAUUUGAAGAGCAUAAAGUGAAAGGAACAAACCUGCUUGGGUCAUGCUGAAGAACGUGCUCAACUGAAACAAACUGUGUCGGUUUCAAAUCAGCAGCGUGUAUGGAAACACAUUGGUUUAUCUUUUAAGCAAAAUGGGUUGUUUAAAUUAUUAUUAAGAAGGGCUUUCGCUGUUUGGCUAGGUAAAUUUAGGAAGUCAGGCUUGCUCUCCAGAAGGUUUAUAGAUCUGCUCUGUGCUUUCUACUGUGCCGCAGCGCUGUGGUUUCUGUGGGAUACCUACGGAGUUCCACAGGUACAAUUGAUCUAGCUUAAUUGAUGUUGUUAUUUAAAACUGAGAUGAUAAGUCAGGAGUAAUUUACAUUGCAGAUGCUUGAGAGCAGGCAGCCCCAUGGGCUGACAGCUGUGUGCUUAUGCAUACCUUUGUCAAAAGCCAGAUUUCAUCUGUUAGAUUUUUGGCACUGAUCGUGGGCCAGGAGUAUGCACUUGUAACCCAGCUAAACUUCUUGCUUGUUUUGGCAGGCGUCUGGGUGCAUCAGGACUGCUGAAUCCACUCCUAAGUAGUGGUGGGUUUGUGGAGUGACAAACCUUUUCAGGGCAGCGUUCCCUCCCUGUCAGCACCGGGACCGGUGUCCAGGUUAGUCUGGGGAUAGGAGGGAGCUUUUCUGAAAGGCUGGUCACUGCACAGCAUGCCUGAGCUUGGCACCUGGAGCAGGUCAGGGCAGAAGUACCGCAGCACCUCAGUCAGUGGUCCUCUCGCAUGGGGACCUCUCCUCCUGGGUGGGACAGGGGAGGAGCAAAGCUGUGACAGUGUUCUGUGGGACUGAGCCAUAUGUGUAUUAGUCUAGCUGUCGGCUUCGUGGGUAUAAAUGUUUACUUUACGUAAUUAGCACUGAAACGCCAGUACUUCGGCAAUGCAGGUUGUUUUCUGUAAAUUGGCGGUACAGCCGAUCGUGAUGUUUGAGAAGCAGAUGCCAUGCUGCUCAGACAGUUUAAUUUGCUUACGUAAUUGAGGCAUGAACAGUUUGAACCUCUGAUCUUUCAAGGAUAGGGUUGUUUAAAAAGAAAAUAGGCCUCCCUUGGUGUAACAGGGGUUUGUCUUGUUCUGAUUCAUGUUGAACAAAUUAAAUAUGGGAUACUAAAGAAAUGAAUGGAUGCCGUGUCGAUCAGCCAGUGGGCCAAGUACUGCCAUGGAGCGAUGUAAAUCCUACUGUACAGCCUCGCUAGGGCCCGUGGCCUCGUACCUCUCGAGAGUCGAUUGACGUGUCUCCACUGCCAUACUGCAGCUUCUGAGUGUGACUAUGGCGAGACAGGCUCAAAUUCCUUCAGUGCCAGAACCGCCUACGUUACUGCUGUCCCUCGUUGCUGUAGCACAAAGAAGUCUUCCUUGACCCUUCAUCAUCCCUGUGCCUGUUCCAGUGGCAGGGAGCCAGAAGCCCGGGCUUCUGUUCUCCCUUUCUCGCUCUGUUCUUGGUCUCUGCUCGCUGCCUCGGCAGGAAGGAGGAGCGCGAAGCUGAUUCCUGCCCUUGCUCAGGGGGAGUAGGUAGGGUUAUCACGUGUAUGGAAGGGUGAAGUUUUCACCGACAAGCUUUGAGUCAAUGUCAAAAGAAUAAAAAUGUCUGCAGUAUAUCUGGGAAGGGAACGCUGGCCUUAUGUCUCUCGUUGGACAAAGAACUUUCUCUGUUCCCGUUUCUCUGCUUGACUCUUAAGGGUCAGUGGAAAACAAUCUGUUUUGUAAAAUCUUCCUACUUAUACCUCUUUCCUACCAGCUGAAGGGUAUACUGACCUUCAAAUCCAGGUUGUGACCAGCACAUUUAGAAGUGUGGCCGAAGCUGGAAAGUGAAGGUUAACUUUGCAUGAACAUUGUGAUACUAUAAAUAUAGAUUGGCUUUUUAUUUCCAUACUGGAGAGCAUACUGAAAAUAUUAGCCAGCACUAAUUAUGAGACAUUAUGUUUGUGCCCAGUAAUAAAAGAUAUUUAAAAUUCACUUUUUAGUAUGCUAACCACAAGUGAGAUAAUUACUAAGCCUAUUGCUGCUAUUAGACCAUAAUGUAGAAAUCACUUAAUUUUCUAGCUUUUAGCAGAUGGAUCUUGCCUCAUAGAAUUGGUGGGGUUCUUCAUUUUGCUGAACAGAUGAUGUAAUGUCACUGUCCUGCUAUUUAACACGCAUUAUUUUGUCUUAGCGUAGCAUCAAAAGCCUGUUGAAAAACUACCUGAGCAAGUUAGCUAGCAGCUCUGCUUAAUAUUUUUAAUAGAAAUCAAGGUGACAGUGAGACUAGUAACAGUGGGAAUUCUGCUGCCAUUGAAAUAGUCUAAUUUUGGGGUUUUCUGUUUGGGAGCAUUUCUGACUGUGCUCACUAACGGUGGAAUUCAUUUGACCUUACUUCAGAUGCUUCCGAUCUACAUGUCCACAUCUGAGCUGGUCUCCUAGGUAGUACUUAUGGUCGGAAGAUUGUUUUAAUACAUGUUUCCGAGAAGUUACUCGUCUCUCAAAGCAGAUGUCCGCAACAGGUUGGGUGAGUUUCACUCUGUUGCUGCGUCUGACCACGGAGGGAGCGUGGUGCGCUAGCUCGGAUGUAGUUAGCCAUGUCGCACGUGUCUUAACAUGAGGAGAGAUGAAUCCCAUCCAUUUAUGUGCCUUCUUCUUCAGCACUCUGCCAGUGAUGUGUAGCUGCUGCUUUUGGGAGAUUGCAGUCUUAGUCCUACAGUUACGCACUCAGUUUGCCCCCCUGGCAGAUUUUAAACGUUUGGUGCUACUCGCUCAGGACCCGGCCUUGUCAGACCCCGAGCGCUUUCUGCUCCGGUUGGAUUGAUCAGAGCGUGUGGAAGUGUCAGCAUCUGGGAGACUCUUGUCCUCCCACAAUACUCUAGUUUGAUUUUUUUUCAUUAUCAAUUACACUCCUUUUGCAGUACUUUAUUUCAUUGGCAAGCGUUUAUCAUUUCCACAUGCCCUGGCAAAAAGCAACCAGUUGGAAGUGAGCUGAAGAGAUGCGUCGAGGCAGCGUGGCGUCCCGGGGUUUUGUUGGUAAGAGCUGAGUCCUCAGGCUGGCCUUCAGCGGUGGUGCUGAUGCUGGCGGUGCCGCUUGCAGUGCAGCUGGCAAACAGCUGCGCAACUGAGGCUGCGCCCGAGAGUAGGAGUGAGAGCUUGGGAGCGAAAUCUUCACGGUGCUCCGAGCUCUGGCCCGAGGAUAUCGAUUGAAAAAUAGAGGAGUUGGGAAACAGAGCCCUCGGUGUCCUAAGGAAAGGAGCAGGAAGUAAAGGUGUUUGCAAACGGAAUUUUUUGAAGAAUUUGCUCAUUAUUAGGCUGUUCUCCUGAUCUAACUCUCUGCAAUGUUUCUUUUUUCUUUGUUUAGUUGAAGUUUUUCUCUCUUGGAGUUUAUAAAAUCUCCCUUAUUACUGGCUGCAUUUUAGAAAAUAUGAUAGCUUCCAAAAGUGGUGCUGUAAUAUGAAAAGGUGUGUGGGUAGUGUCUGUGAGCCAACGUCCUGCUCUCCCCAGAGAGGAGGAUGUUACAGUCGAGUUCAGCGGGGCCGGGAUUUUCCUAGGAAUAUCUACAAGCUCACUUUAUUUUCCCUUUCUACCACACCCAGAAGGUUGGAAAUCAAUGUGAGGGUAAGAUGCAAAAGAGAGAAAAGUUGCUUUUAUUUUUUUAAUGCCAGAUGCGUACAAAUACUUGCUUUUAGUCCAACACAUGUAUUUCCAAUUGAACAAGGACUUCCAUUUAAUGUAACACAAAAAAAUUGUAUAAUCUUACUGUGUAUUGUUUGCCAUAAAGAUGGAAUCUCAAUUAAAUUUUUUGGAAGAAA